AUGGCGAGACUUAGCUGCAAUCCUUAUCGCACCCUCUCGUCGUCGUCGUUGUUACUUGUUCGUUCGACUCGACGCUUUGUACCGGCUUCUAGAAAAUACUUGUUCUCUACUAAUUCCCAGCACCGUCGGUAUUCAAAUAUUGCAAGCGAGAUGUUGGUGGAGAAGGAUCCUGUUGCUGGCCAGCAGGCCCACGACCGGCUGACGAUCGAUGGUAUCAAGGAGCGGAGGGCAAGGGCAGGCAAGCUAUAUGCUCCCACGGCGUCUUAUUCGGAUAGUGACAUGUUCAAGUCUCCUCAAGCGCCUGAUAAGCCCAAAGCAAAACGAUGGGAUCACCGUCUUAGCCAAGAGUCUAUCGCCCGGGAAGCCUGCGUGCUCAAGCUGGCAGCCAAGCACCUCAAGAAGCCCGGGCUCAUCUCCCUCGGCGGCGGAUUGCCGUCGGCGGAGAACUUCCCUAUCGACUCCCUGAGCAUGCACGUGCCCACACCGCCUCACUUCACUGAAGCAGAGACGGCCUUGUCGGGCCAGGAUGUCAGGAUAGGCAAGUAUGAUGUUGCGAAGGACGAGAACGGCGGCGUGUACGAUCUGUCUAUCGCCAUGAACUACGGUCAAGCCAUUGGCUCCGCUCAGCUGUUACGUUGGGUCACCGAGCACACAGAGCUUGUCCACCGCGACCUGCCGUACUCGGACUGGCGAUGUGCCUUGACCAUCGGGAGCACGGGGGCCCUCGAGCAAGCGCUGAGAAUGUUCUGCGAUCGCGCGAGAGGAGACUCGAUACUCACGGAAGAAUACAGUUUUUCAACAGCCCUCGAAACCACGGCUCCCCUGGGAAUCAAGGUAUUCGGCGUGCGUCUGGACGGACAAGGUCUGCUGCCCGAGAGCAUGGACGAGAUCCUGUCGUCCUGGGAUGAGAAGUCCAGAGGCGCCCGGAAACCCACCUUGCUGUACACGGUGCCCUCGGGGCAAAACCCCACCGGCGCAACGCAGAGCGAACAGCGCCGCCGGGAUAUCUACGCCGUGUGCCAGAAACACGACGUCUACAUCCUCGAGGACGAGCCGUACUAUUUCCUGCAGAUGCAACCGUAUACCGGGCCCAACACCCCCGCCGUCCCGGCCCCCGCUACCGUCGACGAAUUCCUCGACAACCUGGUCCCUAGUCUGCUCAGCAUGGACGUAGACGGGCGAGUGAUGCGCUUGGACUCGUUUAGCAAGGUGGUUGUUCCGGGGUCGCGGGUCGGCUGGAUUACCGCCAGCGAGCAGAUCGUCGAGAGGUACAUCCGGCACGCCGAGUGUUGCAGCCAGGGCCCCAGCGGGAUCGCCCAGAUCCUCAUGUAUAAGCUCGUGGAUGAGACGUGGGGACACGAGGGAUAUCUGAGGUGGCUGAUGCACAUGCGGCUCGAGUACACGCGACGAAGGGACACGAUCCUGGCUGCGUGCGAGAAGCAUCUCCCUCGCGAUAUCGUGAGUUGGGUUCCGCCGGCUGCGGGUAUGUUUCUCUGGCUCCAAGUCGACCACACGCAACACCCACAAGCCACCACCAAAUCCAUCCUCGAGAUCGAAGAAGAAAUCUUCAACUCGUGCAUCGACAAGGGCGUCCUCGCCAUCCGCGGGUCCUGGUUCCGCGCCGAGCGCGACCAGCCGCCCAGCGGCCUAUUCUUCCGCACCACAUUCGCCGCCGCCUCCGAGGCCGCUAUGGACGCCGCCAUCGAACGCUUCGGCGCUGCCGUGCGCGAGAGCUUUUCUACCACCACCACCAACGGUCACUAG